ACCCUUGGGAGUGAUUUUGUUAAAAGAAAUAGCCCCCACAGUUGUAAAAGGAGCAAUUUCAGAGAAAGUGAGGGGGCUAAAGUUUCAGAUCUAAACUAAACCCCUCCAUUUCUCUUUUUUUCAUUUUCUCACUUUCUCUUCCCGCUUCAAUUUUCCCUCUCUUUCUCUCCUCUCCACUCUCAAACCCCAUCUCCAACAUGUAAGUCUAACUCCCUCUCUUCUUUUCAUUUUCAUCGCCUCUCUUGAUUUCAUUUCUAGGGUUUGCGAAAUCUCGGAAUAACACUUUCAUGUUUCCGGUUUGUGAAAUCUUUGGCAUUGGCUUUCUGAUUUUUGGUAGUUGUGGUUUCGGUUCCGUCCUACUGAUAACUCAAUUAUCUGUUGAAGCAGGUUGAUAAUUGUGGAUACUUGGUGGACUAUGGAGCAAGGCUAUUCACCCUGUAUUUGAGUUCUAUACCAUAGUGUGGUGAAGCCAGGCAUUUGGGAAUAUAUGUCAGCUAUGGAGUGCAACAAAGAGGAGGCUGUUAGGGCAAUGGGGCUUGCUGAGAAAAAGAUGCACAGUAAUGAUUUUCCAGGAGCACAUAAGAUUGCACAGAAGGCUCAGCGGCUCUUUCCUGAUCUUGAGAACAUUUCUCAAUUGCUGGCUGUCUGUGAAGUUCACUGCUCAGCCCAGGUGAAAGUAGGCACUGAAAAGGACUGGUAUAAAAUUCUACAGAUUGAACAGACAGUUGAUGGGGCAACUAUUAAGAAACAGUACAGAAAGCUUGCUCUCCUGCUUCAUCCUGACAAGAACAAGUUUGCUGGUGCUGAAGCUGCUUUUAAGCUGAUUGGCGAGGCUAAUAUGGUGCUCUCAGAUCAAGCUAAACGUUCCGGUUAUGACAUGAAGUAUCGAGUUGUAAAUAGAACUAAGCCAUCGGCAUCAAUCCACCAGUCAAAUGUGGGCACAUAUGCUCAGCAACAGUAUGGUGCUUCAGUCAAUCUCCAGAAUUUUCCUCGCGCACAGUAUGCUCACCAAUAUCCAUAUCAGCAGGCGCAACCGACUUUUUGGACAUGCUGCCCAUUCUGUAGUGUGAGGUACCAGUAUUAUAAAGCUUUUGUGAAUAAACUGUUAGUCUGUCAAAGCUGCCAGAAAAACUACGUCGCCCAUGAUAUGGGUGUUCAAGGUGCACCGCCAAGAUCUGUUCGGGCUCCAUUUCCAAAUCAUGGCCCUCCAAUAGUGCCCUCACAAUGCAAUAAUGGAAACUUCUCGGACGAGAGAUCCCCAAACUCGUUUCCUCGCCCACCACAAAUGCCGAAGGCAGGACCUGCUGCUAAGCCUAGCAGACAGUCCAAAGUGGACGAGAAAGAUACCAAGGCACCAGUGACUAAGCAACGGAAGUCCAAGAAAUCAGGAUCUUCUGAACAUACAAAUAGAAAGAGAGGGAGGAGGUUAGUUGAGGAAUCAAGUGAAAGUCAUGACACUGAAGCUGAAACUGAAGAUGUUUAUAAUAACAAUGUUUUUGAUUCCUCUAAAUUAAGUGAAGUCCAAAAUCGUAGGAGAUCUUCAAGACAGAAGCAGAAUAUUUCUUACAAAGACAAUUUAAGUGAUGAUGAUGAUUUUGUAAGUCCCCCAAAAAGGUCUAAGGUGACCACAUCAUCUAGUUCUGGUGAAGAGGACAAUGAAAACAGUUUUGUUAAUGGUGGAACAAAUAAAGUUGAUGAAUCUCAUAAGGAAGAGUCCAUGCAGUUUGAUAGUUUUGCAGACAAGGACAGGUUUCCAAGCAAAAAGAGUGAUGAUAGUUCUGAAUUGACGGCAAAUGAAACAUCUGAUUCAGAGCACUUUACAUGUCCUGAUCCUGAAUUCAGUGAUUUUGAAGAAGAUAAAAAGAAAAAUGGCUUUGCUGUUAAUCAGAUAUGGGCUUGUUAUGAUCCAGUAGAUGCCAUGCCAAGAUACUAUGCUCAAAUUAAGAAUGUUCUUUCCUCUAAAUUUGAGAUCCGCUGGCUGGAGUCUGCUCCAGAUGACGAAAUGGGAAAAAAAUGGGUUAAAAGUAAAUUGCCGGUUGCGUGUGGCAGGUACAAACUGAAGGGUUAUGACGAGGUUGAUCUCACUAUGUUUUCACACAAGAUGUACUCCAUAAAAGUGAAAGGUACCCAAUUGAUUCGUUUUGUAUAUCCUAGAAAGGGUGAAACUUGGGCUCUCUUCCAGAAUUGGGAUAUUAAUUGGAGUUCUGACCCCAAAAAGCAAUUACCUUUUCAAUAUGAAUAUGUAGAGAUACAGUCAGAUUUUACAGAAGGUGCUGGUGUUUCUGUAGCUUUUUUAGGGAGAGUAAAAGGGUUUACCUGUCUAUUUCAGCUAAUUAAUGAAACUGCGCCAUUUCAAAUUCCACCUAAUGAGCUAUACAGAUUUUCUCAUCGAAUUCCCUCUUUUAGAAUGACGGGUGAUGAAAGAGAAGAUGUUCCUAAAGGAUCUUAUGAAUUUGAUCCAGCUUCUUUACCCCCCAGUUUCUUCAAGGUUUGUGACGAGGAAGAUGUGAAAAUGGAUAAUAAUGUCACUCCUGCUGAUCAGCUCCCUGUAUCUGGCAUGUCCGAAAACAAUUCCAAAAGUGAAACUUUGAUAUCUAGAAAGUCUCCAAGGAAGUGUAAUGGCAAUGAUAAAGCAAGUGGGAGCCAAAGCACUUUUGUAGACACAGUUAAGAAUGAAAUAAACCAAGGUAGUGUUACUGCAUCCAAUGGAAGUGCCACUGUACCUCAGGCUGAUGAGAAGAUUAAGACACCAAUGAAGCAGGGAAUCAAUCAUGACAUUGACUUUAAACUCAGAAGGUCUCCGAGGGAUUUAACCAAGAAAAGUGAAUCGGUAUCAAACCAUCAUUCAAACUCUGAAAAGGUUGAGAACUCUGACAGCUCAUCCCGUGCUCAGUUUAACAAUUGUAACAGAGUGAAAAACAAUUCUUUCCAGGAAUGCUGCGACUUUACUCAGCAAAGGUCCCAGGAAAACUUUAAGCAUGGUCAGAUAUGGGCUGUGCGAACUGAUGAGAAUGUGUUUCCCAAGACCUAUGCUAAAGUUACAAGGAUCGAGACGACUCCUGAAUUCCAGGUCCAUGUGGCGUUACUUGAGCUUUGCUCUACACUGAAAGGUGCAAUCCAGUCAGUUUCUUGUGGGACCUUCCAAGUUAAAAGUGGAGUUAAUAAGCCCUUUCCACUUUCAGCAUUCUCCCAUUGUUUGAAUGUCAAAGCUAGUAGUAAUAAAUAUGAAAUUUACCCUCGUAAGGGAGAAAUUUGGGCAAUGUUGAAGAACCAGCACAAUGAGCAGACUUCUAAGCUGUUGCUGGAUAUUGAUUAUGACAUUGUGGAAGUGAUGGAAGAACAUGACCAGAGCGUUCAAGUUGCUAUUCUUAUUCAAGUCGCUGGCUUUAAAUCAAUGUUCAAGGCUCCAAGGAUCCAGAGAUCAAAAACUGGUUUGCUUGACAUACCGCGCGACAAAAUGGGUAAAUUUUCGCAUCAAAUUCCUGCGGUGCAACAUACAGGAGAGAAAGAUAGCCGCCUUGCAGGAUGUUGGGAGCUCGAUCCAUUAUCUCUUCCUCGUAGUUUAAUUUCCUUAGAUUGAAAAGGAAAAAUAGCUUUUUUUGUCCUCUAAAUAGCUGUAUAUUUUUGUUCUCUUGUGUUACUGUUAGCCAUUGGUUGUAUUUUUGGGUAACCCAAAGCUUUUUCCAGUUGGGAUGAAACAUUAGUAGUUUUACUCGUGAAAGUUACCCAUGUAUUGUUUUGUGUUUUCUCAGUUUGAAACCACUGAACAUAACAGAACACAUUGAAAUGACCAUAACCAUUGGCUUUCUUUUCAUGAUCGAGUCUUGUUCAAUUUAAUGAUCAGUAGAUAUGUGCUGGUUUUGUAUGCUUUGCAUGUAAA